GCAUAAUAAAAGAAUUAGCAUGGAAGACCCGAACUAGAUCGGAUUUGCGGCAAGAGAGAGCAAGAGCAUCGGCUGUCCGGAGUUUGGGUCAACAGAGAGAAAGUAGGAAAAGAACCUCACCGAAAUGGAACCGCCGCCGGCAGCGAUCCGGUGGCGCACCACCGCAAUCCCAUUUCUUGUGGCGCUCCUCUUUCUAAGCACCAUCUCCCCUUCGCGCGCAAUCUACUGCGACGAAGAUGAUUGCUACGAUCUGCUUGGGGUUUCUCAAAGUGCCAAUGCUUCCGAAAUCAAGAAAGCUUACUACAAACUCUCCUUGAAGUAUCACCCUGAUAAAAACCCUGAUCCAGAAUCGCGAAAGCUUUUUGUUAAAAUCGCCAAUGCUUACGAGAUUUUGAAGGACGAGGCUACGCGAGAACAAUAUGAUUAUGCAAUUGCACAUCCAGAGGAGGUGUUUUAUAAUACUGCACGCUACUAUCGGGCAUACUAUGGUCACAAGACGGAUCCUCGGGCUGUGUUGGUUGGCCUUCUUAUUAUUCUUUCAGGUUUCCAAUAUCUAAAUCAAUCAACAAGGUAUAAUCAGGCUGUAGCCAUGGUCAAGAAGACACCUGCAUAUAAAAAUAAACUAAGGGCUUUGGAACUUGAACGCAGUGGAGGGAUUACAAACAAGAAAAAGAGUCAGAAGAAUAUGGACAAGAAAAUAGAGGAAGACCUUAGCAAAGAACUCGAGCUGCAGAUAACUGGAGCUGAAAGGCCCUCUGUAUGGAAACUUCUUGGUGUCCGCUUUGUUCUAUUACCUUAUACCUUAGGCAAGCUGCUGUUGUGGUCUGCUUGUUGGUUUUGGAGAUACAAAGUGAAAAAGUACCCCUAUUCUUGGGAAGAUGCUUGUUAUCUGGCACAAAGAUCCCUUGGUAUUCCUCACGAUAGAUGGAGAACUUUAGAUGAAGCAACAAAGGAAGAUCUUGUGCUCAGACGUUUGUGGGAGAAAUCGAAUCUGGAGAGCUAUGUAGCAGAGAUGCGAAAAGAAUCAAAGCGCAGAAGAUAGCUGCAUUAGUCUCCUCAUCUGCUGCUUUUAAGUACUAAAUUUUGUUUUACUUCUGGAGUUGAACUGAACCACGACAUGUCAAUUAAAAUUGGAAAGCAGCAAUUGAUUUUUUGGGGGGAAGCAGAAUUAUUCAUGACAACCACGAAAUCGUGGAUUAAUAUACAAAAUUUACUAUGUUUACACAUGCUGUUGUUGCUCUCUGAUAGCUUGUAAACAGUGAACACCAAAUAACGCUGCUUUAGAUAUUGCUUUAUUCUUUCAAUGAAUCAGGUACCUAGUCUCAUUCUCGCUACAA